CGGUCAGGGCAGGAGGCAGGCGGGAGCGGCUAUAAGGGGAGGGAGGCGGUGGGAGGGGGAGGGCGCUGCGGGGCUGCAUGGUCGCGUCGCGCCGCCGCGAUCGCUCCGCGCUGGGGACGCGCUUGAGGUGGCGGCGGCGGGUUUGCGUGAAGUCCCCCACUCCCUCUGCCUGAAUCUCUUCCUCUGAAGCGGUCACCAGCGUGUGGAGCCUGCCCCACACCCAUCACCUGCCAAACCACGGCCUUUACCUGUGUCUUCCGGUGUUUCCCGUGCGACCCAUCCUGCGGGAGUGCCUCCUGGGCCACCCCAGAGUUCACGCAGCGCUCAGUGGCUCCAAUGGUGAAGAUGACAAGGUCCAAGACUUUCCAGGCAUAUCUGCCUUCGUGCCACAGGACCUACAGCUGCAUUCACUGCAGGGCUCAUCUUGCCAACCAUGAUGAGCUCAUUUCCAAGUCCUUUCAAGGAAGCCAAGGACGAGCAUACCUCUUCAAUUCAGUAGUUAAUGUGGGUUGCGGCCCUGCAGAGGAGCGGGUGUUAUUAACAGGAUUACAUGCGGUUGCAGAUAUUUACUGUGAAAACUGCAAAACCACGCUGGGGUGGAAAUAUGAACACGCUUUUGAAAGCAGCCAGAAGUAUAAAGAAGGCAAAUACAUCAUUGAACUAGCUCACAUGAUCAAGGAUAAUGGCUGGGAUUGAAUGGAAAGACCCCAGCCCUACCAGCGUGUAAGAGAAUGCCAUCCAACCGAACAUUAUAUCCAAGAGUGAGAGAGUGACUGAACGCUUGGUUCCAUGCAUUUAGAGGCUCUGCAAUUUGGGAGCAUCUUCACACCCUUCUCCAUCUUUAUUGGUGACUGGCCUCUAAAUUUCUGUCUCUCUGUCUCUUUGCUUUGUAUCUGUUUGUGAGUUGACCCUGGCUGCUUCUCUCUCUGUUCUGGCGUUGGCUAAGAGAAUGCACCGAAUGCCCGACAGCCAUUCCAUGUUGACGAAUGUUUAAGUACAAACUGAAGUUGGCUCUGUGGUGGCGUUUUAUCAGAAGGUCUCGGUGCGGGAGGAGGACCCAAGUUUUGGGCAGGAGAAGGUGAUAGGGGGUGGGGAGUGGGACCGAAGGGAAGUCAUCAGAAGGUGAAACUGUACUUCUCCUUUAAGUCCUGGUUAACCAAGGCUUGAAACUAUCUACUUGUCUAAAUGGACAGAAAAAUACCUCACGGCUGCGUUCUCUCUGAAUCGUAAAACCGCUGCUCCAUUGGUGGAGCUUCAGUCUAAGCUGGCUGAGCACAAGUCAUAACCAGUUCCCCCCACAAGCUAAUCGCAAUUCUGUGUCUUGUUUGCCAUUUGUGAACUUGUUGUUUGGGGGGGGCAGGACCUGAAGGCUGGAGAGACUCCCUGCCUCUCCUGUUUCUCGCUGUUUCAGGGUAGGUAGGCCAGACAUCCCAACAGAGCACAGCUGUGGGGAGCAUCCUCACAGCUGGAGAAACCAAAUCCUGACUCUUGAGCCCUUCAGAGAGGAGGAGAAAACUACUUAAGGCACAAAGGGGCUGAAGCUGCAGCGUAGAAGCUAUGACGGGGGAAAAAAAAGGCACGUGCUAGGCAAGAAAGAGGAAAUUAUGUAGAGGAGGAUGGGGACAAACCUAGUAAUGCAGGGUACCCCUUGAUUUCCCAGCCUCUACGGAGCAUCCCUGGGGGUCUUUUACCAAUCCUUCACACGUGCGAGUAGGAAAGUGCUGUUACAGAAUCUUUUUCUUAAAUCCCAGGCCCCAGCCAUCAGCUCCGCUCUUGGAGCCUGGCAGAGGAAUGGGGGGAGAGGAGGGAGCAGGGGAGCCUGGCGGUUGUAGCAGUAUUGCACAGGUGGAUAUUUCAAGCCAUGAGGUAUCCUCCCCAAAACCUUCCCCCCUUUUCCUACUCCCAGAAGCCUGGUGCAGGCACAGGGGGAAUGGGAAAGAAAAAGGAAACUCAACGUCUUCCCCCUACCCCUGAAAUUGUCUAUGCCUUGGAGUUUGAAGGGGAGGGGUAGAUGUGGGCAUCGUAACUGCAAGGGACAAGUCCUUCCCAUUUUCAUUUUUUUCAUUUUAAUUGGUGUGGACCUUCCCGAAGUGGUUGGUGGGGAAGGGGCAUCGUGUGUGAGAGGGGAGCUGUGUUAGACAUAAAUGACAAUGUGAAGUUUGCUCUGCAACAGUCCAGCCAGUAUCUGGUGCAUAACUCAAGACUAUUUAACUGAAUUUCAUCUCUCUGAGUGAAUUUUCUUUUUGUUUGUGGAAUUCUUUCAAGUAGGUUAAUCCAUUGGGGGAAAUCUUUCUUAAUCCAGAAGGAAAGAGUAUUGUGCAGGGGUUUUAACUCCUUAUGAAACGGAAGCUUUGGAGCUGUAAUCUGUUGUCGCUUGCCCCCACCCCCAAAAGACUCUCAGCUGUGGGGAUCAGGACGGAGAGCUGGUGGUGAGAAGAAAGUCAUUUGCUGUUAAAUGAAGGGUAUGUGAGCAGAGACGCUACUUAGGGGUCAGGGUGGAACUUAUAUGUUGGGUCCUUGUGCUGAAACCCAAACUUGGUGGCCCAAGAAGUGAGAUGGAGGCUGGCCAUGGCUCCUGCAAUGGAUGGAGUUGGCUCGUUGUGGCUGGCCUGUUAGAAGGGGCUUCUGCCUUCACCCCUUCUGCGGUGGCUUUCAUUUCGGAUUGUCUCUGCUUCCAUCAUCCACAUUCCCUUCAGUGGUUUCAGUGGUAGAAACCAAAAAUUCCGCAGUACCUGCUACCUUGUUGACGUUGGCAGUGACCUGGUCCCGUUUUCCUGUCCUUUGGUUGGUGAUCAGUGACAAUUUAUUGGAUUUUGACUAGUGGGAAGUAAUUUGCGUUCUUUGAAGAGCUCUUCAGUCUCCCCAGACAAAUAGCCUUUAAAAGGAUCUGGUUGGAGCUGGGAGAAGUAAGGGAUGACCCCAAAUCCUUAAUGUGAGACUGAGAAAAAGAGCACAACGGGGCUCAUGGUUUUAUGUUGGUAUUUAGAGUGAGUGCCUAUAAAAAAGCGAUACGGGAGGUAGGCCUGUCUGGAGGACUGCUCUGAGAAAUAAGAACAGGUACUACAGAGAGGUACCAGAUGUAAAUGUGUUUAUCCAUAUAUCUGGGACAAGAAAGGACAACGAUCCAUCAGAUCAGGCUGUUUUUAACUGUUCACAGGGGUUAAUGCUUUUAAUGGCAACCAGUCUAAGCCUGAAUGUGGCACGGUCUUAAUCUGGUUUUAAUUGGUUUUGUCCCAUCAGCAUCCGCAGAUUCACACUUGCUGAGAAUCUGGCCUCAGGCCCUGAUAGGAAAAAAAUACAUGUGCCUGUGAACUUCCCAAACACCCAGAGAAAUUAUCUAUAGAGUGACUUUAAUACACUGUACAGGGAGAUAAAGAAAAACGGGCUUCUGAGGCUCAUUGACAUUUGUUCUCUGCUAUGUGUCCAUUAAAUACGAAGUACUUUAGUCCGCUGCUAGCUCAUCUGUAACUUGCUGUAUUAAGACACAUGACAGUACUGGGAGCCGGUGACCAGACAGGAUGAUCAGAUCCAUAUGCUAGCGGCUACCACAAUCAGCACAGGCCAAACUGAUGAUUCGUAGAGUGAUAUAUUCAGAGCAUAACCAAAGAACCUCACUCUCUGCAUCCCUCUGCUUGUGUGAGUUGACUGUAGCCGGUUCGUUAGCGCCUGGGCUGAGCAAGAUGGGACCGUUUUUUCUGACCUGGAGAUGUGGCCCGUGGAAACCGCCUCCUUGGGCAGGCAUGCCUGAACGCAAAGCACCGACUGCCCGUGGUGCUGCUUUCCGCGGGCGACAUCCUCGAGAAAGCACGAACAGCAGCGAGUUUUGCUUUUUCUUAAUGUGGCAGCCUCGUCUCUGGCACCCUUCAGUUUACAUCACCCCUGUCUACCCCAAAGCUCAGACUUCAGUAGGUUUUAAAUUGUUUUGCUCUGGUGGAUUAUCUGGUGUGAAGUCCUGAUCCCUGUAAUAAAUAUUCAGAUUAUAAUAUAUACAAAGCAGAAAAAAAAAACAUUAUCUUGUGAAAUAUACUUUUGUAAAUAAUAUUUAAUUUUUUUAAAAAAAUAAUAUAUUUGGUGCUGUUUUCUCAGAGCCCCACCCUGAGAGCACUUUUCUGUUCUUUAUAAAUGAUACUGUUUCCUUCUGUAUUUGUUGGACAAUAUGUUCAAAGGGAAACAAAGAUCAUACUAUACGUUGUCCUCUGAAGUUGAUCCAUUUGUCCUCUGGAGGUGGCAGGAGGAGGGAGGUCCCUCCUGCCUCCAUCCGGCGUGGCCGGUCACGGGCAGCAGCCCGCGGCGCGGGCAGUGCUGACGCGAGGGACGGGGGGUAGCUCCAGGCACUCGGGGAGCGCUCCGCUGUCUGGAGUUACACGCUGAAACACCUUCGCUCAGUGCCGGAGGUCCCGUCCGGCAGCCCGGGCCCCGCGUCAGCUCGCGCUCCCACGGCGAGCCCCACGAAAGCCGGUGGGGCUCUGUCUGGGCCCGAGUUUUCUGAGGAGAUCUGGUUUGUAGGAUCCGGGCCUGAAAUUUUCUCUUGCACCAGUAUUGGCUGGAGUGGAGUAGAUACCGAGGCUUAGAAAACAGGGUUGAAUAUAAGCUGCAACCUCUGAAUCGCUGUUUCCAGUUGCUUUGGGGGCAGCAGGGAUGGAGGAUGGAGAUUUGUAAUUAGUCAUUGUUUUUAAACUAAAACGUAAGUCUUUGGACGUGGAUCCUGGUUUUCUUUUGGGGUGGUUUUGUUGUUGUUGUUUGUUUGUUUGUUUGUUUUUUAAACCAGGCUGCUACAUAACAAAUUAGAGUAAAGGUUUACCUCUCUCACAAUAAAGUUCUUUUUUUUUUUUUUCGUUUUCCUUUCUGUCUUCAACCUCCCACCUUCUUCCCCUUCUUCCCCUUCUUCGUUCUUAAUUCAUUGGGUCUCUUGUUUAUCCCAAAGUGGACCAACAGCACAAACCACUGGACUGUGUUUUGCGAGCAAGGAGCUGUUCUCAGUGCCGAAUAACUGUUGCACGCUCUUUAAUUCUCUUGGUUUUGGUGCACACCAUUUAAAAAUAUACAGGAAAAAGAAACCCUACGAAUGCAAUCUGUUGUUCUUGUGCCGAUCAAGUGAGAAUUUUCUCUGUACGCGUUUUUCUAACUGGUACGUGAGAGUGUGUUAAUCAUGCAUUUCACUGCGCUUCCUUGUUUUGGGAGGAGCAUCGUGUUUCCGUGUAAACCAGUUCUUGGAUGAAGAGAUGACACCCAAACACCCGGUUGGGUAAACAGAUGGGCGAGAACCGGAGCGCAGCUCAGUGGGAAGGAGCUCUUCUCACCAGGUGAGAGGCCUCAGAAAUCAAAUGUUCAGAAGCAGUUAGGUUAGGCAUAGAAUUUGCAGAAUCCUGUUUAAAAAGAAUAAGCAGAAGAGGGGAAACAAAAUCAUCUUGAAUUCAGAAAAAAAACACCCAACAUAUUUAAAUGCAAGCAGAAUGGCAUUGUGUAAGGUACAACCACAAAUAAGCUAUUCUCAUAGUUACGAACUGUAUGUAGCCUUUGUUUUGUUUUUCAUAAGGAACUGGGAAUGCUUUCCCCACUGACAAAACUAAAGGACAAUGUUUCCAAUACCAGCCUGUCUAUUGAUGCUCUUGUGUUUACAAAUUGUGUAUACUUUUAUUUCUUUGAUCUUGUUUUAAUUUUAUUUUUUGGCAUAUUCUUUCAGGUCAUUUGCUUCAGUAAUAAAUGCAAUUGUUUUCAAAUAAUUGGUUUUCACCUUUUCAUGUGUUUGUACAUUGUAUAUAGUUCUUCAGUAUUAGAGGGAGGCGUAUUGUUUGUCAUAUUUACAAUAUGUGUUGGUGCUCAUUUGAGAAAAUAAAAUUUUCAAGUACUAAAA